UGUCUCCGGAAUUCCGGAAUUAAUGUUCCAUAUUUGACUCUAUUUUUUGUAACAUCACAUCACUUCCUGCUUUGUUUUGAAAACAUUGUGACAAUAAUUUCAUGUUCUUUCCUCACUGUCUCGUAACGUGUUUUUACCUUAUACUAGAAUGAUGCACUACGCACCCAUUUGAUGUCUUUUCGGUGCCUUAUAUGAAUAAAGUUGUGCAAUUAAAAUUCUUGUUGGUUAUCUGGUUGUUUAUCCUAGAAACAGCACAGUAAAAAAACGAGACAAUGGAUUCACAACAUGGGAAUGGUGAUAACACGGAUCCAAGAAAACGCACUCUCACGGAACGUGGACUUGACCUUUAUAGAGCUAACGUGAAUACUCAUUCAAAGAAGAUUGAACUCGUACAAACUGAAGUAGAACUUUGCCUUGAGAGAUUCUCUACGACAAAACAAGAAGACACCAACACAUUGAUAGAAUUAAAGAAAACUUUAAAUUUGUGUUACUGUAAAUACAGUCUAUAUUCAGAUGAAUAUAUGAAAUUUCUUAAGAACACUAAGACAGAGGAAAGUCUCCAAGUGUAUGAGGAGCACAAAAUCGAGGAUUCGAAGUACAAAAACAUUUUAGAACGAGCACUUCAACAAAUAAAAGUGUCAGACAAGGACGAAAAAGCAUCUAAAUUAUCACAUAGAUCCCAAGCACAGUCUAGAACUUCUUCAAACUCAAGCUCUGUAGCAAUCAGAAAGCGUGCAAAGGCAGAAGCAGCCCAGGCUAAGCUUGAAUUCGCCAUGAAAGAGGCAGAUUUACAGAAACAGAAGGCACACAUAGAAGAACAAGAAAAAGUUUCAAAUGCAAAGGCAUUUACUAAAAAGGCUGAGUUGGAAGCUGAAUUAGAAUUGCUGAAUUAUAAGAAGGAAGCGGCUGCCGCUACUGCAGAGGCAGAUGCGCUUGAAUAUGACCAAAAUGUUUGCGGUAGUAAAAAAUCUGAUCUUCUUCUAUCAAAAACUGUUUAUGAACGAACUAAUCAAUAUGUAGAACAGCAGGUACUUCAAGUAAAAGAUGUAAAAUUACCGCCAGACGAUAAUAUUGUACCAUGCGAUCCAUUUGCAAAUCAGACAUCAGGCGAUGCAGUCCAUGAACAUUCACUUAUGCCAACACCAAAACCGUCUCGCCCAAAAUAUGAUGUGCCAAGUGUAAGUGUCGGUUGUAAUGAUAACGAUAUAAAUAUACAAGUUCAAGAACAUGCAUUGAAUCCUAAUGCACCUCAAUUUCAACCUGACAUACGCACACAUCAGAACGCACCUCAAAUUCAACCUGACAUAAGCACACAUCAGAACGCACCUCAAUUUCAUCCUGAUAUAAGCACACAUCAGAAUAUUGCUACAGAUCUCACACGAUUCCUUCUAAAGAAAGAUUUGCUAUUAUCAAGAUUAACAACUUACAGUGAUAGACCUGAAAUGUACGCUGUAUGGAAGGCUAGUUUCAAAAACAUAUUAAGUGAACUUUCUGUUACAGCGAUGGAAGAGUUAGAUCUUAUGGUGAAAUGGUUAGGUCCUGAAUCUACACGGCAUGCAAACAGUAUUAGAGCAUCAAAUAUUCAUGAUCCAACGAAAGGAUUACAACGUUUAUGGGAACGCUUAGAUGAACGUUACGGUUCUCCAGAGUCAGUUGAAGCGUCAUUAAUGGCCAAAUUAAAUAAUUUCCCGAAAUUGACACAGAAAGACAACAAAAAGCUAUAUGAGUUAGUAGACAUUCUUUCUGAAAUAGAAUCCAUUAAGGAAGAUGUCAAAUAUAAUUCACUGUUAGCGUACUUUGACUCCUCGUCCGGAGUUCUCCCUAUACUGAAUAAACUUCCGUACAACAUACAAGAAAAAUGGACAAAUAGAGCAUCUCAGUAUAAAAGAGAAAAACAAGUUACCUUUCCACCAUUUACAUUUUUUGUGAAGUUUAUUCGAGAAUUGAGCCAGAUAAGAAACGACCCCAGUUUCGCGUAUGAUCAGACAAACCAACCUAAAAAAGCAUACACAGCUGCCAAACCACCAGCAUAUAAGACAGCUAUUUCAGUUCACAAAACGGAUGUUUCUAGUGACCUUGAUUUACAAAAACAAUGUUUGUUACAUAAAACCGGACAUUCGUUAAACCAGUGUAGAGCAUUCAAAGCAAAACCUUUCCAAGUACGUAAAAAGUUUAUCAAUGAUCAUAAAAUUUGUUACGGUUGUUGUGAAUCGACAAAACAUGUGAAACGAACAUGUACUAACGCAAUUAGAUGUAGUGAAUGUGGCAGUGACCGCCAUCCUGGAGCAUUACAUAUUAAUCGCUCUAUCGACUCGAUAGAUCAGAAUAAUAAUAAAUCAAGUUCGCCUGUCCACGGCGGGGAGGAAAAAAUAGAUAUUCAAAAUGACAAUGUUGCAACUAAGUGCACAGAAAUUUGUGGGACAUCAUUCCAUGGAAGGUCAUGCGCAAAAAUCUUGCCAGUGAGAGUUUUUAGACCUGGACAACAUGGACGAUAUGAUAACUUGAAACUUUACAUCAUAUUAGACGACCAGAGUAAUCGCUCAUUGGCAUCACCAUUAUUUUUCGACACAUUUGGAGUGCAUGGUACAUUGGAAGAAUAUAUGUUAUCUUCAUGCUCAGGUCGUGUGAAAAUGUCAGGACGUAGAGCCAGUGGCUUUGUAGUUGAGUCAUUAGAUGGACAGGUUCAGUUGGAAUUACCAACGUUAAUAGAAUGUAGUGAUCUACCGCAUAACAGAGAGGAAAUACCCACACCGGAUAUUGCUAUCAGACAUAACCAUUUGAAAGAAAUGGCAGAUCACUUGUCUCCACUGGACCCAGAUUGUGAAAUUAUGCUUCUCAUUGGAAGAGACAUGACAGAAGCACAUCAUGUUUUAGAAAAAAUUGUUGGACCUCGAAAUGCUCCGUUAGCACAAAAACUUCCUCUAGGCUGGAACUACAGAAGCUCUCAAGACAUUUGGAAACUUGCGUCUACAUAA